AUGGCGAGACGGAUCGUAUCAAACUGCAUAUUAGCAUGCAUAGUUCUUUUCCUAUUCAUCACUUUACUCUCAUAUUUCGAAAAUAAUAACCUACGAGGCGGUCACCCGGCUGCUAAUGACGGACUUUUCCAUGAACCCGAUGACUCCCUCAAUGGCGCUAUAGGGCAGAAGGCUGGACAUUCUACCCCGGACCCGUACCAGGUUUCGGACCCACAGAAUCACGGAAAUACCAACCAGCAACCACAGAAGCCUGAACAGCAACAGCAGCAGCCUCAGCAGCCUCAGCAGCCCCAGCAGCAGCAACCACCAGCACAAGAAGCGAAACCGGAAGAGAAGAAUCAUAAGGACCCCGAAGAAGAGAAGAAGAAGGGGAAGAUCCCGAUCCCUAGGGCGCAAUGGACCUUCGAUGUCAAGGACGAUGUAUACUAUGACCCGGCCGGCCCGAGACCCGAUCAAGUCGUACUCCUCAUGGCCAGCGAUGGGAAGGGACACAACGGCGGUAUUGCCAACUUACUCGAGCAAGCGACUCAAAAUCGUCAAGAAUACGCCGAUUUCCAUGGCUACAAGUUCAAUUUUAUCAACAUCUCCAAAUACGAUUUACACGGUGCACACCCGGUUUGGGCCAAGAUCCCUGCGUUACUCGAUACAUUCAUUCAAUUCCCAGACGCCCAUUGGGUUUGGUGGCUCGAUCUCGAUGCUAUUAUCAUGAACCCGGAUAUUGACCUUAAUUCCCAUAUUCUGUCACACGCGGCGAUGAGGUCGAAGUUCGCAGCUGGGGUUGAGUUCUUGAAGAGCGAGAGUAAACAUACUGGACACUUUAUGGGCCAGAAUGUGGAUCCCAAGGAUAUUGAGAUUAUUGUUGGCCAGGAUCAUAAUGGGUUGAACGCCGGAAGCUUCUUCUUGAGACGAAGUAAAUUUACAAAGAUGUUGAUGGAUUGGUGGGAGGAACCGUUUUAUGUGUACAAUAAUUGGCCGGGGAAGGAACAGGAUGCCUUGUUACACAUGGUACAGCAUCACAGACAGGUUAGGGAGAGGGUUGCGCUCGUACCCCAGAGAGUUCUAAAUGGGUUCCCGGUCGGAUGGGAGCACAUGGGAUGGCACAAAGAUGAUUUGGUGGUGCACUUAGCAGGGUGCUGGGUAGAGAACGCGUGUAACCAGAGGUGGACAGACUUCUGGAACAAGAGGAUUACUGUGACAGACCUGAAGUCCAAAGGAAUCACGGAGCCAACGGAUCAUACGGGUAAGGUAACGAGGAUCACGAAAGAUGGAACGAUUUAUGUGAACUUUGAGGAUAGAACGGGAGAGUAA